GCCCCCACACGCGUAAGUGUGAGCGAAAACCCAAGUUCCUCGGCUCGCCGACCUGUCUCUCCGAACCUGACUCUCCCCUCUGCAAGACAACGACGAUCCUGGCGGGAAGUAUCAGAUCCUUUGUGCGAAUUCCCCAUCCUGCCCCUCUUCUCCACUAAGAUAACCUCAAAUUUAAUGAUCGGGCCUACGUGUCCUUGACGGCUUCCGGCUCCCACACUCUUUAAGCCAUCCAUUUCUUCUCUCAAUUCUGGAGAGAGAAACAAUGGCUGUGUUUCGGUUUCGGUCGUUUUUCUUUUAUUUCUGAAGCGGUCUAUUUCGCUUUUUCCUUCUUGGUUUCCGGUACGCUCCGCUGCAACGUCGCUUUGAUUGCUGUCUGUUGCGCUGAUCUCUUCUAUCUCCGCCGCUCACCGGCGACUCUCUCUGUUAUGAAGUUCGGCGGUGAUUGCUUCUUCUCUCUCGUUUCCUCUUCUCUUCCAUUUUCAUGGAAUUUCCUUGAUCGAGUGAAUUGUGGUGUUUUUGGUGUGGAUUUGAGCUUUAAACAGGGGUUAGAGCCUGUUUCCAAUGGGGAAAGGCGAAGAUGGUCGAUGCGUGUUCCCUCUAACAAGCGUGCAGAUUGGGGACCUACAAUCAUAUCUUUCACAUCUUAGCCUUUUCCUGGCCCCUGAAAGUAACAAAUUCUAUGUGUUGGUAGACAACCAACCAUGGUUGAGAGAAAUAGUUUCACGUCCUGCACACAUAUGGCAAUUGAUGGUUACUAAGUCCAGGUUGUCCCCUUUUGCAAACAAAGCCCGUAGGGAGAGAAAGGAGCCAAAAGAGAUGCUUGAGUUGAAGGGUGGCUCCAAAUCCAAGAAUAGUAAAUCAGAAAAUUUUCAAAAAUGGUUUACAUUGAUUGAUGCUGCAACAUUGUCUCGUAAGCGGGUUCUGCUACCCGUAAAAAAUUUUAGUUCGUCUUUGCUUUUGAACAGCGAGUUGCAUAGAACAUUAUAUGGUUUUAUUGUGUUUGAAGUUGCAUGGAAAGAUGUUCGUGGUAUCAACUAUUUGAAUGAGCUUCAGACUGAUACAUCUCUGGCUAUAGAGGCUAAAUUUAUGAAAAGAUGGGAAUUUGAUAGCAUAGCUCAAGCUGCAGAACAUAUAUCUUCAUGGUUUCCAGGAACACAUGGUGAUCGGCAUCUCUUGAAAGAGUAUCUGGAUUCUGCCAUUGGAGAGGUUUUCUAUGAUGCUGAAGAAGAUUUCUUGCCAACUAGCCCUAUCGAUGAUAAUGAAAAUAAUGUGUGUGAUGAGGACAAUGCACAUCACAACCUCAGUAGCGAUUUUAGUGUAUACCCUGUUAGCAUGGAAAAUAGGACAGGUAUACUGCAUACACCACCUCCUCCCACUGGACCCUACAAAAGAAGAAAACUGACAAGGUCAAUUAGGACUGGAGUUGACGUAUAUUCUGAGGAAACACAAAGUGAAGCUGUGGACUCAAUGAAUCAUUCUGAGACCUUUUGUAAAAGUGAUUGUGAAAGUGCCAUUGAACCUACUGAGUACUGGGAUGUUUUAAUUUUGUUUAGGUUCAACGACCGUGACCUCCCAUUUAAAUUAAGUCAAAUAAUUAUGUCUGAUUUGCGGUUGCUAACUUUACUAGAGUCCGGGCUUCCAUCUUGGGUUAUCUUCCUUCAGUCAUAUCCAGGGUUUUGCCAUCUCUAUCGUCCAUGGAUGUGUCCCUUGGCAAGAGCUUUAUACGUGUUUAUUUCACUCGUCACUGUUCUCAUAGGGUUUUAUGAUUUAUACAAAAAUGUCCCAGUUCUCAAGGCAACUGCAUCUCGCUUGUGUGGACCUCUUUUUGACUGGAUAGAAAGUUGGGAGAUGAUAUCAAGGAUUAGGUACUUGGGAACAAUGCUAUUUCUGCAUAAUUUUCAGAAGGCCGUCAAAUGGUUCCUAAUGAUGACGCGCACCACAAGGUCCUUCAUUUCAGUGCUCACUCAACCCAUGGCAGAGCCCUUUAUGGAGCUUUUAGGUUUCAUUCUACCAUUGUGGAAUAUGUGUGUUCAAAUAGUGGAGAGCUUCGGUUCAUCUGUUUGGAUUUUGAUUGAUUCUUCUUGGAACCUAGUUGAUGACAUUGUAAUCGUUCUACUUUCUCCAAUAUGGUUUAUCCUAUCUGUUCUCUGGAGUAUUGCAACUUCUAUCAUAUACCCUAUAUUUUGGGUGCUUUGGGAAAUCCUAUAUGCUCCGAUUCGCCUGGUCCUAUUGUUUUCCAAUUUUAUAGCUUUCAUUUGCUCAUUCAUAUGUGAUGUGCUCGGAGAAAUAUGGCAAUCUCUAAGUGGCCUGUGCCAGCUAGGCUCAGCAUCUCGUACAGCACUGAGCACAUCUGAGGUUUCCAUGUGGCGUUCACUUUGGAAUGACCUUUUCUCCCAGGUUUUCCGGGCUGUUAGAAGCAUUUUAAAUGGUUUCGUUGCCUUCUUCACAGCCUGCAACAGACAUCGGCUUAGCAUUUAUAAUCAUAUACAGGAGUUCAUCCAAAAAUUAUAUGGCCCACCCCAAAGGUCAAGGCCUUCAGAUUCUAGACAUAGUAGACGAACACGUGGAAGCCGAAAUCAGUCAGAAACAGGGAGGAAACUCCACAUUAGUUAAGUAGUUCAGCCGGCCUUGGAGCUUUAACAGAAAGUAAUAGAGUGGGAACCCGUUUCCCAGCAGCAAACACCUUCCAUAGGACGCAAGAAAAAGCUGACUCUAAACAAAACGGCAACCGGGGAGGAGCAGAGGUUCCCUCUUUAAUUCCGGAUUGUGCACCAAGUUACUGAGAACUUAAUGCCAUAAAGAGAGAGUUCGUUCUUUUUGUUCUUUCCCAACUUGUCAUCCAUUCUUUUCCAUUCCAAUUUUCUGCUGCCCUCCCUAAUAACCCUAACUUGAUGUAUCAUACCUCUUCUUUUAGUUGUCAUUUUCGGGUGACGGUGUUGUAAAAUUUAAUGUACAGGAUUGCUGGUUUCUAUAUCUUAACCUUCACAUGUUUUUUGGUGUCCAUAAUCCAUAUAUGUAUUCUUACUAAUUCUCAAUGUGAAAAUGAAUUCCAACAUUAUUGUGUUUCA